AAUCUCCAAAUGUACUAACCAUUGUCUUGAAAAGGUGUAGUGUGUCGAAAUAAUCUAUAAAAUGACUGAUCGACCUAAAGCAAUGUUUUUAAUCUGUUUGAUUAUUGUUAAUAAUCUUUAUUAUACAUUUGCAUUAACUGAAGCACAAAUGGCUUCAACAGCCAAAUUAAUGAGAAAAAUGUGUCAACCAAAAACUAAAGUAACUGACGAACAAAUUGACAAUUUUCAUAAAGGCGUUUUUGAUGACGAUAAAAAAAUGAUGUGUUAUAUGAAUUGUAUUUUGGAAACGAUGAAAAUUAUUAAAAGUGGAAAAUUAGAUAUGGGCGCAGUCGAACAACAGAUACCAACAUUACCAAAAAAAUAUCAAGAGUCAACGAGAAAAUCAAUGGAUGAGUGUAUAAAUAAAGUUACUGGAGAAAAAUGCGAACCCGCUUAUAAUUUUGCUAAAUGCAUUUAUUUGAGCAAUCCGGAGAUGUACUUUUUGCCAUAAGAAACAUCAUUGUUUGUAAAUUAAUUUUUUAUAAAAAUUUAUUUGAGUGUAAAAAAUGUUUUUUCAUUGUAAAUAAAAUUU